ACUUUUUUGACAGUAACACGUGAAUUCUUAACCGGUGCUCCAAUAACCUUUGCUCAACGUAAUUCUCAGAAGUAAACAACACCGAGUGUAGUUCACUUGUUGCAUCAGAAUUUUUUCUGUUUUGUCUCUACCAGUAUUUAAAAAUGAAGAUCUCAGAGGUGAUGAACUGUAGCUUUUCAUCAUGGUACUCCCAGUUUAAAGACUUCACAAUUAAAAGUCAAAUCAUUCCUUUGCCACAAGUGUUUUUGGACUACCUUCAUGCAGAUCAGCUUGUACUCCCAGAAAGUUCAGUUCAGCUAUCAGCAGUUGAUGAAGAUGGAGAUGACAACCGAAACAGUGAAAAUGUGAUUAAUUGGGCAACAGAAGAAAUUAUUAUGCCAGAAGCCGAGUCUCCAAGUUUCCCGGAAUUUGAGUUAUUGUUGAAGACCACAAUUACAAGAAUGGGGGGAGUAGUGUUUCCAAAGUUGAAUUGGUCUUGUCCAAAGGAUGCUAGCUGGAUAUCUUUUGACCGGACACUGAAAUGCACCUGUCCCAGCGAUGUGUACCUUCUACUGAAGAGCUCUGACUUCAUAUCACAUGACCUCACUCAGCCGUUUAAGUACUGUGAUGAUGAUGAGAAUCUUAAGGAUGAGACUCAAGUCAAGUACGAGUUGGUGCUGAGAAAAUGGGUGGAGAUGAACCCUGCCUAUGAAUUCAGGUGCUUCAUAAAGGACAACAAACUGUUAGGAAUUUCCCAGAGACAUAAUGACAUGUUCUACAAAUUCAUCCCAGAAAAUCGAAAGGAAAUAGAAGCAGAUGUUAAAGCAUUUUUCUAUCAUAUAGUGAAGGAUAACUUCCCAGAUAAAAACUAUUGUUUUGAUAUUUACAGAAGAAACCAGGGUAAGCUCUUACUGCUGGAUUUUAACCCCUUUGGUGAGGUCACAGACAGUCUGUUGUACUCAUGGGAUGAACUGUCGGGUGACAGUCUUCCUGAGGACGGUCCAGAGGCGUCACUGUUACGCUGUGUGGAGUCUCCCGUGGGUGUACAGUCCAACCCGUACGCAGCCUAUGCUGUACCCAAGGACCUCAUUGACAUAGCACAUGGCGACGAUCCUACCAAACUUAUGCAGCUUCUAAAGCUGAAAGUUGCUCAGCAGCAAGGGGAAGUAAGUGACUCAUCAGACGAUGAAGAGUUUUCAGUCAACACCUGAUACAUCUGAGAUCACAUUCAACUCUUGGUACACUUGAGGCUAAAGUCAAACUUUGAUUUGUUUGAGGUCACAAUCAACACUAGAUACAUCUGCCAAGGUCUCAGUCAACACUUUAUACAUCUAAAGAGGUCACAUUCAACAAUGAGGUCACAGUCAGGACUAAACAUUUAUGGUCACAGUCAACAUUUUUCAUUUGAGGUCACAGUCAACAUUUGAUACAUAUGAGGACACCAUCAAUACUUUUGAUAUACUAGUAUCUGAGGUAGCAGUCAACACUUGAUUAUCUGAGGUAGCAGUCAACACUUGAUACAUCUGAGGACACAGUCAAUACUUUGAUAUAUCUGAGGUAGCAGUCAACACUUUAUACAUCUGAAGACACAGUCAAUACAUUGGAUAUAUCUGAGGUAGCAGUCAACACUUGAUACAUCUGAGUGCACAGUCAAUAUUUUUUAUAUAUCUGAGGUAGCAGUAAACACUUGAUACAUCUGAUGACACAGUCAAUGCUUUUGAUAUAUCUGAGCUAGCAGUCAACACUUGAUACAUCUGAGGACACAGUCAAUACUUUUGAUAUAUCUGAGGAAGCAGUCAACACUUGAUACGUCUGAGGAUACAGUCAAUGCUUUUGAUAUAUCUGAGGUAGCAGUCAACACUUGAUACAACAGAGGACACAGUCAAUACUUUUGAUAUAUCUGAGGAAGCAGUCAACACUUGAUACGUCUGAGGACACAGUCAAUACUUUGAUAUAUCUGAGGAAGCAGUCAACACUUGAUAAGUCUGAGGACACAGUCAAUACUUUGAUAUAUCUGAGGUAGCAGUCAACACUUGAUACAUCUGAGGACACAGUCAACACUUUUAAUAUAUCUGAGGUAGCAGUCAACACUUCAUACAUCUGAGGACACAGUCAAUACUUUGAUAUAUCUGAGGUAGCAGUCAACGCUUGAUACAUCUGAGGACACAGUCAACACUUUUGAUAUAUCUGAGGAAGCAGUCAACACUUGAUAAGUCUGAGGACACAGUCAAUACUUUGAUAUAUCUGAGGUAGCAGUCAACACUUGAUACAUCUGAGGACACAGUCAACACUUUUAAUAUAUCUGAGGUAGCAGUCAACACUUGAUACAUCUGAGGACACAGUCAAUACUUUUGAUAUAUCUGAGGAAGCAGUCAACACUUGAUAUGUCAAAGGAGGCUUUAGUCAACCCUCGAUACAUCUGAGGACACAGUUUCUACUUAAUACAUAUGUUGAGGUUACAGUGAAUACUUGAUACAAUCCCUAGUCCACAUUCAAAAUCUGAUUCAGUUGAGGUCACAGUGAACUCUUAAUACAUCUGAUAUGGUCACAGUUAUCAGUAGUUACAUCUAUAAUAAAGGAGAUAAUAGUCAAUACUUUAUUAAAUGCCCAUUUUUAUCAUCAUCUAAAUUUUGUAAGAUAGUUCCAACUAUAAGAUUGUAGCUUUUGAGGUUCGAACAAAUGUAUAUGUAAGGUAACUAACUGACAUCAUCAUUUAGUUGAUUGACAAUGUGAAUUAACAUUGAGAAAGUUAAGUUUAAUUUUUUGACCAAAUGUCUUGAAGAAGAAUUCUUACACUUACAACUAUGUUGGAAAUGAAUAAAAAUAAGUAUGAAUAAUAACAAACCUAUGUAUUUUCAAUGGAACUAUUAUUUUCUCUUGGACAAUCUCCGAGAUGUAGCAAAUAUAAAAUUGUAGCUGAUUUAUGUCAUCUCUGAAAGUCAUUGUCUGUUUUGUGUGUUUUUGUUGUUAACAACAUAUUAUAUACUGAAGCAGACAUUAAAAUUGGUACACAUUGUUAAAUAAUCGCAAUACUUGUAUACCAAAUAUGGUAAUUACUAAUUCUCCAAGGAGAGGGGGUAUAUUUAUACAAUGCUCGGGAGUUGGUUUGUACGCAUUAAAUGUCUGUGGUUUGAUUUAUGCAUUUCUCAAGCACUUGCAAUCAAACUUUAAUAUGUCAUCAUGAUGACAUAGUGUAAAUGUGCAAUACAUUUCCUUCCCACCUCAAACAUGCAUUUCUGAGUUAAGUUAUUUCCCCAUGAACAUCGAUGACAAAGCGAUACUAGGGUAUAAGUCGUGUUUGUGGCAACCCCCUAUUUUUCAAUGUCCAUUUUAACUGUAAUAUCAAGCCUCAGAAUUAUGCACUUUAUUAAUGGUAUGUUAAUUAUAAUCAUGCAGUCAUUCUUUUUAAUGUUAUGCUGGAAUAAAGUUUGUGAAUGAUUAA